UGUGCAUAGACCUGCAAUAAAAAAAAAAACGUUGACAGUUCGAAACAUUCGCGCGGGAAAAUUGACGUGUGUGACGUUUCGGGAUAAAAAACAUAUUUGGUAGACUUUAGUGAAAGAUUGUGUGGGUGUUUUGAGUUUUUUUUUGUCGUGUUGCAGUGUGUAUUUUUUUGAAAAUAUUCUUUUACCAUGGGUUCUCUGCCUCGGGUCUCGGUUGUGAGCGGCGCCCGGACACCUGUCCCAGCUGCCCCGUUGACGAAGCACCUCAGCCAUCUGGAUACCAGUGACAAUACUGCUCUGGUUUAUGCUGACGAAACGUGCAACGUCCGUAUAAGUUACUCGGAGCUGGCAGCGCGCACGAACUCCCUCGCGCGAGCCAUCGCUGCGCGCGCGCGGCCGCAGGGACCGAACAGAGAUGGAGAUUAUGUCAUCGCUGUGUGCAUGCAGCCUACACAUAGCACAAUAACAACACUCCUAGCGACAUGGAAAGCUGGAGCUGCGUACGUGCCGAUGGAGCCGAGCUUCCCUCAGGCGAGGAUCACGCACAUACUGAACGAUGCUGAACCGGCUCUUGUCGUUUAUGAUGAUACUGCAAACCCAGCCAUGUUCUCCGGAAGCGGUGUACCAUCAGUGUCCUUCGAGGAGUUGGCGCAUGAAGCCAGUGGCCUGUCAGCUGAUGUCAUGCAGGCCGGAGAAGUGCUGGCUGUGGCGAGGAGUGACAGCAUUGGCAUUGUGCUGUAUACUUCUGGAAGUACGGGGAUUCCUAAAGGUGUUCGCCUAUCCUACUCAGCAGUUUGCAACCGCCUCUGGUGGCAGUUCCAUACCUUCCCUUACUCUGACUCCGAGGUCAACUGCGUCUGGAAGACGGCCUUGACCUUCGUAGACUCAGUCUGCGAGAUCUGGGGACCUCUGCUCCAUGGAAGGACUUUGAUUAUUCUCUCUAGAGAGACUACUAGGGACCCUCAGAAGCUGGUCAAUGUUUUGGCUGAUAAUCAGAUCCAACGUCUAGUACUGGUCCCAACCUUACUUCGAUCGAUCCUCAUGUACCUUUCCCUAAAACCGUCCGAAAGACCUCUCCAGCACUUAAAACUCUGGGUCUGCUCCGGGGAGACCCUCAGUAAGGACCUUGCAGCACAAUUCUUCAAGAAUUUCGGAUACCACAACGGGUACAAACUGGCUAACUUCUAUGGGAGUACUGAAGUUAUGGGCGAUGUGACCUAUUAUGUGUUGGAAAAUACUAACCAGCUUGAUAUACAUCCUACUAUUCCUAUUGGCACUCCCCUAGACAACUGCGCAGUAUACCUGCUAGACGAGGAGAUGAACCCGGCUCGUCAGUCGGAGGCCGGCGAGGUGUGGGUGGCGGGGACCAACCUCGCCGCGGGGUAUGUGGGCGGACAGGGGGCUGACAAGUUCGUGGAUAACCCACAUGCUGCUCAUCCAGAUUUCGGUCGCCUCUACCGCACGGGAGACUUCGGUGUACUAGAGAAGGGUGUCAUCCUGUACGCCGGCCGGACUGACUCGCAGGUCAAGAUCCGUGGCCACAGGGUCGACCUGCAGGAGGUCGAUAGGGCAGUCGCUGCUGUUGAUGGGGUUGAUAAAUGCGUGGUACUCUGCUACGGCGUGGAGCGCGGCAGCCCGGAGAUAUUGUCGUUCGUCACCAUCAAGCCUGACGCCAGGAUCGCAGCUCAGCAUAUAGAGGCUGCCUUGAAGAAUUCUUUAACGCACUAUAUGAUACCACAGGUGAUUGAAGUAGAGAGCAUACCACUGUUGGUGAACGGUAAAGUAGACCGUCAAGCGCUACUGAAGAUGUAUGAAAACACCAACAAUAACGAUGACUCGGAAAUUCCCUUAGACAUCGACUACACCUCAGUCUCCCAAUCAGACCUCCCGGCCGCUAAGGUCCUGUUCGAGACGGUCGGGGCAGUGCUGGGCAGGGCCGCGAGGGGAGCCAUCUCUGUGAGAGCUGGCUUCUAUGAGUUGGGGGGAAACUCCCUUAAUUCUAUCUAUACUAUUACUAGGCUGAGGGAUAAGGGGUAUUUUAUUGACAUAAGCGACUUCCUCGGCGCAUCAAACCUAGGCGAAGUGUUAUCCCACAUGAGCACGAACCCGCACUCCGACGACGGAGACAAUGAACUGUUCACCGCUGAACCACUUGCUGAUGAUCAUAAGCAACAGGUUAUUGAAAUGAUAGUAUCCUCAUUCUACAACAAGGCGGAGUUGGAGCAGUUCCUGAAGCAUGAGAUCGACACUAACGACUACGCUGUACUCAUCAGUGACACUUGGCCGGCGCUGAUCAGUGCUAAACUCAGCGUAGUGUUGAAGAAUUCAUCAGGCACCCCAGUAGCAGUGGCGCUGAACUUCGACGCUCGCGACGAGCCGGACGUGGAGUCGGAGGAGACAGGAGGACUCAUGAAGAUCAUGAUCUUUCUGGAGUUCGUCGAGAGCUCCGUUAGGGAUACCAUGUUGCCGCCUGGGAAGGGCACAAUCCUUCAUUCCUUCAUGAUGGCGACAGCGGAAAGCCUGACACCACGGGAGAAUGUAGCCGCCAUCAGAGCAUUAGAGAACGCCACCAUGACCCUCGCCAAGGAGACAGGCUUCCGAGGAGUUUUUACUACCAACACCAGCCCGCUUACACAGCAAUUAGGAACAGAUGUCCUAGGCUACCAAACCUUACUGGAUUACCAAAUAAAUCAGUACGUUGACCCCAACGGAGACAGAAUAUUCGGGAAGGCUCCCGAUGAUAUGCGAGCUAUUGUAUGCUGGAAACCGUUGGACUAACCUGUGAUAUGGUAAUUUAGACUAUUGGCCAGUUUUGCAGGUUACUGAUAAAGUCUCUAUCUCUUAUCUGACAGAUAAACUAUACUCUCGGUUUUACAGGUCUCGGAUAACAAUAUCUGGCAGAUAUCAUAACUAACGGCAUAACUAACGGCAUAACUAGCAUAACUAACGGACACUUUAUCGGUAACCAGUGGAUCCGGGCCUGUGUGCAUAAAAUAUACAUAUUUUAAAUUGUGUUCUUAGUAUAUCUCUAUUUACGGAUGAUUUCUAUAAUAUAUCCAUUUAUUUUAUACAGAUUGAAUUUUGUCAUUAGCUCCACAAUAAUAAUGUCCAAUCCCGCGAUUAGAGAUUGGACAUUCGAUGGAUAGAUUAUAAGAAUCCGUAGUUAGUCGAUUAGUGAUUUUGUUAUAAAAAGUUUACUUGCAAAAGUAUUUUUUUGUUUGUUAUGAAUAAGUGUGACUUCAAAAAUGGAUUCUACUGUUAAAGUUUUAGAGCCGAUUUUGACUUGUCUUUAAAUAUUAAAAGGGCUUAAGUGCAAGAGUAUUAAGUAGAUAAGUAGUAAGAUUAUUAUUUAGUGAGCCUAUUAGACAAGUAGUAAGUUAGAGCGCUUAGUAUAAGGACGUUGAAUUCAUGCUUGUUGAAUUUAGACUUUAUUACUUAUACGUAAGGUGUAUUUUUCAUUGACCAGUGAUAAAUUACAGUAUUUCUUAAGUUUUACUUCUUGCCUGUUCUGAAAUGACAAUUCUAUAUUUAGAAAAAUAUUCUGUGAAUUUGAUGUUGUAAGUUUAUCUAUAUGAUAUUAAUUUUAUUUAACCUCGCAACUUUUUUGUUUGAUAAGUAAUUUUUUAACUAAGUUUUAAUGUUAUAUUUAACCAAAAUAAUCACAUUAUAAAAAUCAAGUUUCAUCGAACUGUUCGUACCAUUUUUUACCAACUUCCCAAAAAGAAGGAGUACCUAUCUCAAUUUGAAUUUUGUAUUUUAUUUUCUUGAAAUAUGGAAAAAUAAAUAAAACACAAAUCUACAUUUAGAUAUUUAAUACGAGAAAAUACAACAUUAGAAAAUUGCACAAAUCGUUUUGCACAAGGCAACUUACUCAAGGCAAUUGCACAAGAUUAUUGCACAAUUGCACGAGUGGAUUGCACAAUACAACUCGAUGUGCGCAAUACAAGACAUACAAAUAGUUUCUUAUAUAGACUAUAUAAUAUAGAUAGACUCAAAACUCCGAUCCAAAUUGAAACGAAGAAGUCAACAUUUGAAUUAAAAUCUUGCAACAAUAAUAGAAUAAAAUACUUGUAUUCACAAUUUCGAAUUUUGUAAUAUGACCUUACAUCGAAAAAAAAUGCUGGUGUUUAAACAGUAUAAUAGUAUGUUUGCCAGUUGUUCAACUAAAAGACGUUUUGUAAAUGUGUGAGGAAUAUAAAAAUUGAUUCAUACAUUAAGAACAUAGGCAAUGUUUAACGUUGUGAAUUGACAAGAUUGAAACAAAAUGACUCUGUUAUAAUUUAAAAUAUUCAAGAUGUUCAAGCAUUAAACUGGAUAGCACUAUUUACUAGGCCAGGUUCUGCCAACAGUUUCUGUUGCUUUAUAAUAUCAGUACCUAUAGAUUAUGCUUGAACAUUUGAAUACAAAAACACAACAUACGUAAAUGUUAAUAUAAUGUACGGCCAGUUAGACCAAACACUUAAACCACAUAUUCACAAUCUGCAUACAAAACUCGGCGACCCAACGGUCCGAUCCAGCGCCCUUGCGAAACAGAGGUCGCUAGCAAGGGUCGGCCGAUUGUACUUGCGACAUCGACGGGUAAAUGUGUUGAUUGUUUAUGGGUACAAAUCUCUCUCAUCUGUUGUCAGAAAUAUGGUGUUACGUACUAAGUUAUGUAAGAUACGAUAUUGGAGUCAAAUAUAUGGACUCUUUUUAAAUGCCCUGAAACUAUGACAUGUUUUGUAUGAUUUUUCGAUUAUUAAACAAUUUUUUUAUGACACACCUAAUUAAGUACGAGUCGUCACAAAAAAUAUUUUUGUAUUGGUCCAGAUUUACGGGUCGCCAGUUUGAACCAGACAAAGGUCGCUAGGAAUUUGUACCCCAACUGAAUAGUGGUUUUAAACAACAUUUAAUAAUUGUACUAUAAUCCUAGCAUGAACAUAUGUAUGUCUGUGUUUUUGGUAUUAUCAUGUAAGAUGGAGAUUUUAUUCUUCAAUACGGUGUAUUUUUUGCUGAGUGUAGUAAUAUUACUAUUUUUUUAAUUGACGAUUUUUGACAUGAAGUAAGAACUAAAAAAGUUAAAAACAACUUGUAUUUAAAUAUUAUGUUGUCCUACAUUUGUUCAUGUUAGGAUGAAAUCUAAAGACUUAAACCUAAUUUACAACACAAUAAGACUUGGACACAUCGAAUAAAAAAUGUAGCUUAUGAAAUACCUAUGCACCAAAAAUCAACUACAUAAAAUAUAUAUUUUUACGUUUCUGACACGUUUCUUAUUUGAAUUGGUAACUUUAGGAUCAAUGUAUGAGUUGAAGCUCCCUAUUGAAUUUUGCUUUGUAAUUUUUUUUUUCAGUUUCACAUAGGAACAUUGGUACAGUAAAAAUUGACCAAAAGGUCACACCUAGCCCGUUUUAAGCGCUGAUAUACGCGAGACACAAUUGAUUUUCUAUUGUUUUAAAAUAAUUAGUGACAUGCAAGCAGUUAAAGCAGUGUUUAAAUAACAAGUUAUCUCUGUCGCUAACACCUUAUUGUAGCGACAGACAUAUUUUUAAACACAACUUAUUGAAUGACAUUUUGACUAUUCGAGAGAUUGAUAACCGAUCUCUCAAUAAGGAAGAUAGAUAAGAACAAAAUGGACUCCUAUGUUUUUUCGCUAUUUUUUGAUGAUAGUGCACAGUACAGUUUGACAGUAAUGCACAGUUGUAUUUUUCUUUAAGGUGAUAUUUUAUGUGUGUUACCAAGAAAUUAUUUAAAAAUUGACGUUUUGCAUCUGCAUUCGGUGUGUCCCAGCCUUUAUACACAACCUACACAGACAACCAGAUAUUGUAAGUACAGUCAGCGAAAUAAGUAGCAAUUAUUUUACAAGAAAAAUACUUUUUCGGCCAUUUUGAGCAUUUUUUUUUAAUUUAUAAAAAUUUUGUAGCAUGCCGCAAAUCUUUGUAUAAGUUGUAAUUACAUUUUUCCAAUUUUUAAUGUCAAUUGGUAAACAGGAAAAAAAUUAUAAUGUCAUAUUUCUUUCUUUCUGUUCAAGAAAAUUAAGUGUUUAAAUUUGCUUAUGUCGCUGACUGUACCUAUCGCUAUAAUUAUGAAAAUAGUAAAUAUGCUUAGGAAACAUUCAGAAAAAACAUUUACUUACUAACUAGGAAAAAUUGUCCAAACUUCAUAUUUGUGAAAAUAUCAUGUUAUCAUUAAAAUAUUAGGCGAAUAACAAAAGUACAGUUAGAGGUAGUUAAUUGGUAACAAAAUAUGUAAUAUAGAGGUAUCAAAAUGUGCGUGUUUUCCGACACAUUUUAAAUUCAUAUAUAAUUUCAAUUUGCAGUGAGUAUUUUGUUUGUAAAUAAUGUAACAAUUGUAUUUAAAAUAUAUGUUUAAGUAUAAUUAAAAUAUACAUCACAAUAAUUUUAGGUAUAUACAUUUUAGUAAAAAAAUAUUAACGAAAAGUAAAAUUAUUCAAAAUGUUUUGUAUCUAAUAAAUAAUACUAGAUCUCUAUACGUGAUAAGAUAGUGAUAAUAACUGUGUUAUAAAAUCUGAGUAGUAAUAAGUUGGAAAUAAGUUAUCAAAAUGUAAUUUAUUUCAUAAUAAAGAAAAUUAAUCAGAAA